GAACACGCGACAAUUUCUCUCUCUCGCAGGACGUCUUUGCCUCAUCAACAUGGCGGACAACGCUUUCGAGCACAUGUACAUUACAGCUGCGAGGCUACUUUCGGAUGCAGGCAUUGACAUCGCACCUCAGACCCUCCUCAUUACGGCAUUGGCAGCCAUCUCCCCGUUCAUAAUAUUGAUUGUCAUCGCUGUCGCGCAAUCUCCAAAGGCACUACCUCCUCCAGCUGGAUGUCGGAAACUUGGGCUCCAAGGAACUACUUAUUUUGAGGACCAGUACUCGAAGAAGUAUGCCAAAGGCGGCGACCCCACUCCGGCUAAGCCAUGGACCGUGAAAGCGCUUUUUGUGUACCCUUUGAAGUCCGCUGCUCCAAUCGAGCUGGAUAAGAGCAAAAUUCUUCUUACAGGCCUAAAGUACGACCGUCAGUUCACUCUAGCACAGCAAGUCACGAGCCUGCCAUCAAUGGACGGAAAAGUCACAAGCGAAUGGCAUUUCAUGACCCAACGAAAGUUCCCCCGUCUUGCUAAAGUUGAGACCGAGAUUUGGGUACCAGAUCCAUCGGCCAGAGAUUACAAAGAAGAUGGAGAGUGGGUGAAAAGUGAUGGUUGUUUGGUCAUUCGAUUCCCCUUCUCUCCUGACACCGACUUUUCCAUGGAAGGCCUUUUGAACUACGGCAAGAUUCUAGCAGCAAGGCUUAGCCGAAAGCCAGAACCGAUGCUUGAGUUUAUGGUACCUUUCAACCCGCCACAGGAGAGAAUCAAAAGCAAGGGAUACAGGAGCGAGGUUCUGCGUAUCUGGAAGGACAACCCAGUUGCGCUGAAUAUGAGCUCUGAAAUUGAUCGUGAGGUUUUUGAGAAGUUGAGAUAUACUCUUGGAGCCGCGAAUCCGAUUGCUCUGUUCAGAAUUGAUACCAAUGCGUACCGGGAAGUUCAUAAGUGCGCCCCGAAGAAGUAUGAAGUGGGUUUUCAGACCGUCAUUGGAAUGCAGGAUUCAUACCCUAUUCACAUCAUCAAUAUGGCCUCUAUCCACGACGUAGCGUCCAAACUUCCCACUGGCAAACCGGAACCCGAACACAUCUGGCAGCGCCGACACACGCUCCUCGAUGCUCUACGCUUCCGCGCAAAUAUCUAUAUAACUGGACCUCCUGCCUUUGCCGAAGACGACUGGAAGAAGGCAAAGCUGACCUCGUCCGAUUCCUCGUCGCUAAAGCUCCACAUUUCGUGUCGUUCGACGCGCUGCAAAUUGCCCAACGUUGAUCCUAAGACUGCUGUAGCCGAUCGAAAUGAGCCCCUGACUACUUUGAGAAACUACAGGGUUAUUGAUGCAGGAAGUAAGAAUGCGUGUCUGGGUAUGCAGGUUACGCCUUUAGAGGAGGGGUCUGUUGCUGUGGGGGAUCAGAUUGAAGUGCUAGAGACUGGAGAGCAUCUCUUUAUCGGGGGAGAGGGGCCGAAAGUUGACGGCUAA